AUGGGUAUUCUCGCAUUGGUCGAGGACCGACCGACCCCCAAGGCCGUAUACAACUGGAAGGUUUACCUUCUGGCGGCUGUGGCGUCGUUCACCUCCUGCAUGAUCGGUUAUGACAGUGCCUUCAUCGGCACCACAUUAGCCUUGGAUUCGUUCAAGUCUGAGUUCAAGUUCGACACUAUGUCCAAAUCGGCGCAGAAUUUGCUCAGCGCCAACAUCGUCUCCCUUUACCAAGCUGGUGCUUUCUUCGGUGCCUUCUUCGGUUACCCUCUUGGUCACUUCUGGGGUCGCAAGAUUGCUCUCCUGAUUUCUGCUUUGGUCUUUAUUCUCGGUGCUGGUCUCAUGCUGGGUGCCAAUGGCGACCGUGGCUUGGGCUUGAUCUACGCUGGUCGUGUCCUAGCGGGUCUGGGUGUUGGCGCUGGCUCUAACAUUACCCCCAUCUACAUUUCCGAACUGUCUCCCCCGGCUAUCCGUGGUAGACUCGUCGGAGUGUACGAGCUUGGCUGGCAGGUUGGUGGCCUGGUCGGCUUCUGGAUCAACUAUGGUGUUGACUCGACUAUGGCCCCUAGCCACAAGCAGUGGCUUAUUCCCUUCGCCGUCCAGCUGAUCCCUGCCGGUCUCUUACUUAUCGGUGGAUCCUUCAUUCGUGAAUCGCCUCGCUGGCUGUUCUCGAAGGGCCGCCGCGAGGAGGCCAUCAGGAACCUGACCUGGGUUCGCCAACUGCCAGAGAACGAUAUCUACAUUAUUGAGGAGAUCGGCGCCAUUGACCAGGCCUUGGAAGAGCAGCGCUCGUCUAUUGGCCUUGGGUUCUGGAAGCCAUUCAAGGCCGCUUACUCAAACAACAAAGUCCUAUACCGCCUGUUCCUUGGAAGCAUGCUGUUCUUCUGGCAAAACGGCUCUGGUAUCAAUGCCAUCAACUACUACUCCCCGACCGUCUUCAAGAGCAUUGGUGUCACUGGUGCCAACACAAGCAUGCUCACCACCGGUAUCUUCGGUGUCGUCAAAACUGUUGUCACCUUUGUCUGGCUUCUGUACCUGAUUGACCGUGUUGGUCGUCGCAACUUGCUCCUGGUCGGCGCCUUCGGUGGUUCGGUCUGUCUCUGGAUCGUCGGUGCCUACAUCAAGGUCGCCGACCCGACCGCGAACCCCAAGACCCACAUGGACAGCGGCGGCAUCGCAGCUAUGUUCUUCUUCUACCUCUGGACCGUCUUCUAUACCCCCACCUGGAACGGUACCCCCUGGGUCCUCAACUCGGAAAUGUUCGACCCCAACAUGCGUUCCCUAGCCCAGGCUUGUGCUGCCGCAUCCAACUGGCUCUGGAACUUCCUCAUUUCCCGCUUCACUCCUCAGAUGUUCGCCAAGAUGGAUUACGGUGUCUACUUCUUCUUCGCGUCUCUGAUGCUCUGCUCCAUUGUGUUCGUGUACUUCCUCAUCCCGGAGACCAAGGGUGUACCCCUCGAGAGCAUGGAUCAGCUCUUCGAGAUCAAGCCCAUCCGAAACGCGCACGCUCAGAUCAUUGCCAAAUUGCGCGAGGACGAGGAGAACUUCCGUCACGAUAUCCAGGACUCUGGUCUCGCUGCCAGCAAGAUGGGUGCCGAGCAAGUCGAGGACACCGCUGUCGAGGCUGGCAAGUACGCGUAA